AUGGCGACUGAACUCGAACACCCGCCAUCCUCCUACGCCCACCUCCUGCCCCCGAGCUGGACGACCCAAGUGACAGCCUGGCUCGCCGAAGACACGCCCUCCUUCGACUACGGCGGCUUCGUCGUCGGCGAGGCGCCCCGCACCGCGACCCUCUGGGCCAAGUCCCCCGGCGUCCUCGCCGGCGUCCCCUUCGCCACGGAGACGUUCCGCCAGUGCGGCUGCACAAUCACCUGGCACGUCCCCGAGGGCACGCUCCUCGCCCCCCAGCCAGGCGUCCCGCUCGCCGUCGCCUCGGUCGCCGGCCCCGCGCGCGGCGUCCUCCUCGCCGAGCGAGUCGCCCUCAACACGCUGGCGCGCGCCGCCGGCAUUGCCACGUCGGCACGGAACACGGUCGCCGCCGUCCGCGCCGCCGGCUACACGGGCAUCCUCGCCGGCACGCGCAAGACGACGCCCGGCUUCCGCCUCGUCGAAAAGUAUGCCAUGCUCGUCGGCGGCGCCGACGCCCACCGCGUCGACCUCAGCGUCAUGGUUGUGUUCAAGGACAACCACGUCUGGAGCCGCGGCAGCAUCACCGACGCCGUGCGCGCCGCCCAGAGCGUCGCCGGCUUUGCGCUCAAGAUUGAGGUCGAGGUUCAGAGCGAGGCUGAGGCCGACGAGGCCAUCGAGGCCGGCGCCGACGUUGUCAUGCUCGACAACUUCACCGGCGACGGCGUCAGGGUGGCGUCGAGGCGUCUGAAGGAGAAGUGGGCUGGCAAGAAGCACUUUUUGCUCGAGGUCUCGGGCGGGCUGACCAUUGCCAAUGCCGCCCAGUAUGUCUGUCCGGACGUCGACAUCAUCUCGACAAGUUCCAUUCACCAGGGCGUGGGUUAUGUAGACUUUUCCCUCAAGAUCGAUCACUAG